UAAUGGAUAGCACGUCAGCUAUAUAGCGUGUCACUUUACCUGUCCGACUGACAUGUCGGCGUCAUAUAAUAACCUUUCAUUCCUUCUCGAGUUGCUGCCUCUGUUGAAACAUACUGCUUGCACCACACGCCACAGAGUCGUCCGUGGCGCAUGUAGGGAACUCGCGUGCUUGUGAACUUCUUUGGCCUCUCAUAGUAAAUAGAUUAGGUGUCUGUAGGGAGCAAUAGAGCGGCGUAAAGUACCGGCAUGUCUUGAUUAUACCUGGAGAAACGGAGAAGCAUUCUGCAAACGCACCCCAGAGGCAAUGAACUCGCUUCGCUCGCUAAUGCACAAUAGAUCCAGCCACAACUGGACGGCGGCUGCUGUCGAGCAAGCGAAUUUCUGUGGAACGCGGACUUGCACUGCCUUUAUCUUCAGCAUGUUCAGGGUUGGGAUACUCCUGUCGCGAUUAUUCGCCGUCAGCUUGCUGAUUUAUGGGGUUGUUGGUGUGCCCGACCAGGCCGAAGUUUGGACUUUCAGCGGGAAACUACGUGGUGAGACGCGGGUGUUGGACGGGCGCCCUUAUCGGGUGUUUCGUGGAAUCCCAUACGCCGAGCCACCGGUGGGAGAUCUGCGAUUCUCUGCACCUGUACGAAAAGUGCCAUGGGAAGGGACUCUCAACGCGGUCCAGUAUGGCCCUUCUUGUCCGCAGAAUAUCUCUGAUGUGUCCCGGUAUUACCCUGACUAUGUGGUUCGCAUACCUGACUCAGCUCGGAAAGUAAGUGAGGACUGUUUGACUCUUAAUGUUUUUUCUCCGAUGGAUGAACAAGACAUAUCUGAUGGCCAAGCGGUGAUGUUCUGGAUCCACGGUGGGAGUUUUGAGACGGGUCAGGGUAGCGGGUACGACGCGUCUGCUCUGGCCGUCAGGGGAAGAGUUAUUGUGGUCACCAUCAACUAUCGCCUCAAUGUAUUUGGCUUUCUAUCCACCAAUGACGAGAACGCACCGGGAAACUUCGGUUUGUUGGACCAGCAGCUGGCCCUGCGGUGGGUUCACGAGAACAUCGCGGCUUUCGGUGGCGACCCGUCCCGAGUCACCCUCUUUGGCCAGUCAGCUGGUGGUAUGUCAGUUAUGGCACACCUCAAUGCUGUAAAUAGCCAACCCCUCUUUCAACGAGUCAUCGCCCAUAGCGGGAUGUCGGCAGGCAUCCCCCAAUCCACUCCACAAAUGAAGCAAUACGCACAACGAAUCGCCCUAAAAGCAGGAUGUACGGAUCACGGCAGGUCGAUGGAAGACUCUCACCAUCUUGUCACUUGCCUCAGGAGGAAAUCUACCCAUGAUGUCUUGAAGGCUGGCCUAGAAGUAGCCGAAGAAGAAAUCGUCCCUAAGGUGUGGUUGCCCGUCUGUGACGGAAACUUUUACCAAAGAACAUGGGCAUAUUCCAAUCCAAGACCCUUUGACCGAUUUGAUAUCAUAGCUGGUGUAACAUCGGGUGACGGCUCCCCUUUACUCGAACUGCUCCCAGAGAUCCUUCCUAACUACGACUUGCAGAAUUACGGAUUAUCAGAGUCAGAUUUUGACAAAAUCUUGUCCUUGUUUGCUCCCAGCUGGCAAUGCAACAGCGUCGUGCGGCAAGCUAUCGAUUUCGAAUACAGGAACUGGACUCUACCUCUCGAAAGAAGGCCCUACGACAGGCUUCUACAAGCGGCCAAUUUCUUGUUGGAUUACAACUUCCUAUCCAGGAUCACCCUGCUGGGCAGUUUCUACAGCGAAGCCAAAUCCAGGCGCGUGUUUGUGUUUGACCACCGCAGUGCACCUCGUGUGAGGUAUCCGUACUUAGCUGGGGCGCCUCAUUCUGAGGAACUCUCCUACGUUCUCGGACUGCCGUUCAACGCUUCCGGAAUAGGACACCUCUUUUCUGACAAGGAACGGGUGCUUAGCGAUCGUAUGAUCACCUAUUGGUCUAAUAUCGCAAAGUCUGGAUUUGUGGUCCUGACUUUGUUUCUGACUCAAGCUACGUGGUUGCAAGCUCGCGUCGUUAGGUCGUCUUGUGGAUUAAUAAAAGGAGAAACGUUGGACUUAGAUGGAGUUCCAUAUCAUCGGUACUUGGGUAUACCGUACGCUGAGCCGCCCGUCGGUAGGCUGAGAUUUCGGGCACCCGUCCCUAAGGCACCAUGGGAUUCUCUGUACAACGCCACCGCGUACGGCCCCUCUUGCCCACAAGACAUUUCUGCCGUGUCUGUCUUUUAUCCAGAAUACGUGGUGGAAAUUCCUCCCAAUGCUCAGAACAUCAACGAAGAUUGUUUAACGCUGAAUAUCUUCGCCCCUGUUAUAUCUGACGAGGGUGGAUUCCAAUUAGCGGUGAUGUUUUGGAUCCACGGUGGGAGUUUUGAGACUGGUCAGGGUAGCGGGUACGACGCGUCUGCUCUGGCCGUCCGGGGAAGAGUUAUUGUGGUCACCAUCAACUACCGACUCAAUAUCUUCGGGUUUUUCUCCUCGGGUGACGAGAAAGCGCCAGGAAACUUCGGUAUGUUGGACCAGCAGCUGGCCCUGCAGUGGGUUCACGAGAACAUCGCGGCGUUCGGUGGCGAUCCGUCCCGGGUCACCCUCUUUGGACAAUCAGCCGGUGGUGCCUCUGUCACUCUCCACUUAUUUGCCAACAAAAGUCGCCCUCUAUUUCACAGGGCAGCAGCUCACAGCGGCUACAGCCAUCCUGAAUUAGCUUUACCAGGAGGUGCUUCUCGAGAAAUCGCCGAGGCAACUGGGUGUGAUUACGGCCCGGACUCGGAUCUGGUCGAAUGUCUGCGUGGACUGUCGAUGGAGAAGCUCCUCUCGGCUGGGCAGGAAGUUGCGAAGAGCUCCCUGAAUCAGGUCUGGGUGCCUGUCCGUGAUAACAACAUGUGGACCUUCAACCCAGGAAGAUUGGAAUUUGAACACGAUAUCAUGAUGCUGUUCACUUCGGGAGACGGCUCAGUCGCUCUUGAGGUCGUCAAAAAGUCACUACCCGAUCUCUAUAAUUUCUCAGUCGGUUUAACCGAGGAACAGUGGGACGCGUACUGUGACUUAUACUUCUCUUACUUACAGAAUGUCGGCAAGCUUGCUCUCAGUCACGAAUACAUCGAUCCCAUUCAGACGAAUGAGGGAUUUGCCCCAUUAAAAGCUCUUGUGGACACGAUGAUGGACUGGAAUUACCUGCGCGGCUUGCGGUUUUUCUUGGACGUCUUGCCCAAUUCGCGCUCCAUACACGUCAGCAUUUUUGACCACCGCUGCUCCGCUAACCAGAGAUUUCCUAGGCUCAACCUCGUGCCUCACAGUGAAGAGUUGCCCUUCCUUUUCGGACUGCCAUUUAACGGUUCUGGAAUGGGCUCAAUUUUUACAGACAGAGAAAAGGCUCUCAGCGAUAGAGUUAUCACUUAUUGGUCCAACUUUGCAAAAAGUGGACACUCAAACCGUCAAGUUUACUUAGCAAUGGCUUGCAACAAAUUUGUGGUCCUGACUUUGUUUCUGACUCAAGCUACGUGGUUGCAGGCUCGUGUCGUUAGGUCGUCAUGUGGCUUAAUAAAAGGAGAAACGUUGGACUUGUAUGGAGUUUCAUAUCAUCGGUACUUGGGUAUACCGUACGCUGAGCCGCCCGUCGGUAGGCUGAGAUUUCGGGCACCCGUCCCUAAGGCACCAUGGGAUUCUCUGUACAACGCCACCGCGUACGGACCCUCUUGCCCACAAGACAUUUCUGCCGUGUCUGUCUUCUAUCCGGAAUAUGUGGUGGAAAUUCCUCCCAAUGCUCACAACAUCAGCGAAGAUUGUUUAACGCUGAACAUCUUCACCCCUGUUAUGUCCAACGAGGGUGGAUCCGGUUUAGCGGUGAUGUUUUGGAUCCACGGUGGGAGUUUUGAGACUGGUCAGGGCAGCGGGUACGACGCGUCUGCUCUGGCCGUCCGGGGAAGAGUUAUUGUGGUCACCAUCAACUACCGACUAAAUGUCUUCGGGUUUUUCUCUUCGGGUGACGAGAAAGCGCCAGGAAACUUCGGUUUGUUGGACCAACAGCUGGCCCUGCAGUGGGUUCACGAGAACAUCGCGGCGUUCGGUGGCGAUCCGUCCCGGGUCACCCUCUUUGGACAAUCAGCCGGUGGUGCCUCUGUCACUCUCCACUUAUUUGCCAACAAAAGUCGCCCUCUAUUUCACAGGGCAGCAGCUCACAGCGGCUACAGCCAUCCUGAAUUAGCUUUACCAGGAGGUGCUUCUCGAGAAAUCGCCGAGGCAACUGGGUGUGAUUACGGCCCGGACUCGGAUCUGGUCGAAUGUCUGCGUGGACUAUCGAUGGAGGAGCUCCUCUCGGCCGGGCUGGAAGUUGCGAAGAGCUCCCUGCAUCAGGUCUGGGUGCCUACCCCUGAUAACAACAUGGUGGUGACACUCAAGACAGGAAGAUUGGAACUGCAACACGAUAUCAUGAUGCUGUUCACUUCAGGAGACGGCUCAGUCGCUCUUGAGGUCAUCAAAAUGUUCCUGCCCGAUCUCUAUAAUUUCUCAGUCGGUUUAACGGAGGAACAGUGGGAUGCGUACUGUGGCUUAUAUUUCUUUCAAGAUGUUGGCAAGCUUGCUCUUAGUCACGAAUACAUCGAUCCCAUUCAGACGAAUGAGGGAUUUGCCCGAUUAAAAGCUCUUGUGGACACGAUGAUGGACUGGAAUUACGUGAUAGGCCUGCGUCCAUUCUUAGACGUCUUGCCCAAUUCGCGCUCCAUACACGUCAGCAUUUUUGACCACCGCUGCUCCGCUAACCAGAGAUUUCCUAGGCUCAACCUCGUGCCUCACAGUGAAGAGUUGCCCUUCCUUUUUGGACUGCCAUUUAACAGUUCUGGAAUGGGAUCGUUUUUUACAAAUAGAGAAAAGGCUCUCAGCGAUAGAGUUAUCACUUAUUGGUCCAACUUUGCAAAAAGUGGAGACCCAAAUGUCAACCCAGAUCUUAACACCACUGCUCAAGCCAGCAACCUGACCUACUGGCCGGAGUAUGGCGACUCAGAGACUUACCUCCUGAUCCAGCUCAAUAACAGCACGGUUGGGCAGGGAUACAGGAAGGACAAGGUCAUGUUCUGGAACGACUACCUACCCAAGCUAGCUUCAGCAGCUCGGGAGUACUGUUUCCAUCGGCCGGGGCCAGGGGAACCGCCAACAAUGUCAGCAGACAAGCCGGAGUGCACUCCCUCGGAGACCUUUUUCGUUGAGAGCUUGGGGCUCAAGCUCACCCAACAACAAGCCGAGAAGCUAAUCAAGGUCUUCAUUUUCCUUACCAUAGCCUUGCUGUGUGUCAUGGUCAUCCUUUGUGGGGCCGUGAUGGGGUACAAGUUCAAGUACAAAGGCAAGAGAGCUGCCCUGAAUGGUAAAGAUGGGUUUCAGCCUACAAACGGUGACAUUAACAAACAUGUCGCAUAUGAAGUGAAUGAAGGGUUCACGACUGAAUUUGAAGAUACAAAGAUGUAACCGAAAAACAAAGUAUCAGUGAUGUAUCAGGAUUGUGAAUGCCGGUGGUAUAAAGGCACUUUUAGUUAUUUCUUUCCGAAAGUAUUGUCUAGUUUACUCCACUCUUCUGUUUAUUGUAGGCCUACUCAUUUUUCUAGUUCGAACCAGUUAAAAAGAAAUAAAGGUUGGUAUUAUAUGCUGCAUUCAAAAUGUGAUACACAUGUAUUCUUAUUUAACAUAAAGUUAUGUACUUAAACAAUUCCUUUGAAAUGAAAUUAUUAUUAUCGUUUUCGAUAAGUGGUGUGAUAGCGAUGGUCUGAUACAAGUUACUGAGUGAUCGAACGUGUCAUUUUAAAUGGAGUGACAAAUCAGAAUUUUUUAGUGCGAGAAUUGUUAAAGACCGCAUAUAUGCCAGGAGUAACGGUUUCAGCACAGCACGGGAAGAUGGCAACGAUGAAAGGAAAAUUAAUAUGAAGAGAAAAUCUCUGCCAACUUUCUUUUCGGCAAAAGAAAAGAGUAUCUCCAGUUUCUGGUCAGGGGCUGGAACCAAAUGUGGUGCAGCGACGCGCGGGUCAAUGGCGACGCGCGCUGAUCAGAAACUGGAUACUUUUGGGGCCUUAGUUUGCACUUGAAGUGCAAACGAUUUCGCGGUCUUUACCGCAUUAAAUUAGAAUCAAACCACAUCUUUACAUUAUUAGACAAAUGAUCAUUUUCAGAUUGCACACUUUUUGUUUGUAUUGCAUUUUCUAGAUCCUUUAGGAACCGGAACGUCUGUAUUGAGAGGAAACAGAUGCUCGUCUCCCCCUCUCUCUUUCUCGUUUAUUCUUGAAGGCUACGGAUCAUGUAUUGUAGAUUUGGUUUGUAAUAGAGUGUUUAUUUUCCACCUUCUGAAAUGUAGAAUUAGAUGAAUUGUGAUUCAUUCUAUUUAGGAAAAUGAAACGUAUAUGCUCCAUGUUUCAUAUUCGAUCGGGGUACGAAUGCAGGUUUAGGCAUUAGUAGAAAUGUUUAGAACAGCCGGACAAGCACAGGUUUGAAGACCGUAGAAUUCAUAUGUUUAUUUGUAAGUUCAUUGACUGUAUGUAGGUAAACGGCACAAUAAAAGCCCACCUGUGAUCUUCCUCUGAUUUUGUAAUCUCUGAUAAAUCAAAACAAGAUUUAAAAUUUGUGGAAGUUUUAGGGUUACGUCGAAAGGGAUCAAUCCUAAGGAAGCUCCUAAGAAUGGGCCCUUGUUUCCAAUAUUCACCAUCAUAGACAGUGAGGAUAAACGUUUUUGUGGUCUUAAACACCACAAAUUCGGCUGUUAUUACAUAUACAAAGGGAAAGUAUGCAGUGACAUCCUCAGUGGGUCUGUAGUAUUUUGUCCGUCGCCAUUUACUCAGUACUUAAAGGUCAUAAUAUUGUGUACUCUUUUAAACUUGAUAGCACUUAUCAAUUUUCGUUUACACGUUUAAGAUUAAAGAUAAAUCAAGACGUAGCCAGUGGUUCAUUGGUUUGUAGAUGUUGAAAACUUACAUGUAUUUACAUUUAUUGCAUGUCGUUUUUAGAUAGAAAAAGCUUUAUUUUUUUAUUAAUUGAAAAACUCGAAACAUGUGAUUGUUUAGAAUAUCACAAAAGAUGAUUUUUUAUCAGAUGGACAAGUUUAACAAAGAAGGUUACAGUUACUAUCAAAAGUAUCGUGUAUCUAAUGGUUAUUAUGUGUACAUGUUCGAUGGAGUGGAUUUUAAUCGACCAGCUUUCAACGUUAUAAAGGGAAAGAUACAGACGUCUGCAAAAAAGACAGCACUUUCUUAACAUUAAAUACAGUCAUAAAACUUGUAUACUACCCCUUAUUAUAGACCGUUCCCUCAGCAAUGUUACCCAUGUAUGCUUCUGUCAUGGUGGUUUCCAGCGCUGUUAGAUUGAACAAAAACUAACUUAAAGAACUUUUGUUUAAGGUUUACUGAGAAAAGUAAAGACAUUAAUGUAGAUGUCCAAUAUGCUUGGAAGUGUUCCACAGUGGUGUUUGACAGUAGGUUGAGUUUCGCAUAAUCUUAGCAGGCUAUUAUAUCAAGGUUGUCAGUUAAUUAAACUUCACCAAGUCAUGUAUGUUAUACUCAGAA